ACCAUAGCUUUAAAAAAGGCGGUAUUUUGGCGCCACCCAGCGGUGAAUCACAUCCGGUACAGCGUCUUCGUACUUCCGGUUCUCGAAUCAACAAGGAAGUGCAACCGAUGGAUGAGAAACGACGUAACGUCUUCUCCUUUUCCUCACCAUAAACCCGUCAGAUUUCACCGGUUCUUCCCCUCAGGACGGUCCCUGGUAACUCUCCUGUCGUCAUGGCGAUGUCCAUGUUCCAGAAGGUGACCCUCGCGACGUGUCUCGUGCUGUGCGUCGCGCUGCUGAUGCCCAAAAUUCUGCUGUCUCGCGGGAGGAAGGAUGGUGCGGAUCGGCCGGACGGUGGGGGUAACUUUCCUCCUAAGGUAAACCGCCAGGCGGCCCCUGAGGGUCGGGGUCAGAAGUCGGCCUCCAGCUUCUCCAGAGCUCAGAACACCGAGGCCAACGCCCGGGCCAAAGGAGCAGGAACCGGGGCCGGGACGGGGGGGAAGUCCAACCUGGCCGGACAGAUCAUCCCUGUGUACGGCUUCGGGAUCUUACUCUACAUCCUCUACAUCCUGUUUAAG